GAGAAAAACUAGAUUUUUUAAAAAUUUAUUAAUGUCACACGAUUUUGAUUUCGAAAGAAAGAUCAGGCUGUGAAAAAAGGAAAGCAAAAUGGCUUCCACAAUUUCGCCACCUGUAAUCCACUCUCUCUUAGUCCGCUCUGUGCACAAUGCGCACCGUGGACGAUCCGUCAAGGUGCAGGUUAGUAAACCUUCGCCAGUGGUUACUCUUCCUAACCGAAGGAAGCUCCUGUUCUUUCUGACGACAACGACCGCAUUGACAGUUAGAGAGCCGGCGUCGAAUGCCGAAGAUAUCCCGUUGUUCGGUUUAAGGAAGAAGUUGAAGAGCGCGGAGGAGGAAGCGGUUGAGAUCGUGAAGGAAGGGUUCGAGACUGCGGAGAAAGGGCUGGAGACGGCUGAGAAGGAGAUUGAAACAGCGGAAAAGGAGAUUGAAAGUGCCGUUAGUUUUGGCGCGUUGGCUCAAGCGGGUGCUGUGGCGGGAGCCGAGUUUCUAGGCGUUGUGGUGGGUACUUCUGUUGUUAAUGGAAUUUUAGGGCCUGGGGCCCAAAAAUCUUGAUUUUCUUGUAUUUUUAAUUUGAUUUAAGUUUUUUUUUUUUUUGUUAAUCGAAGUAGUUAUUUAUGGUAAUUGUU